GGCGAUGCCCGGUGGCCAACAGUGGCUACUGCCACAGUCGCAAGCGCCCAUGGUUGCGCCACCGACUGUGCCGUCGGCUUCUCAAACUAGAUCUCAAGAACAGGCACCACCUCGACAGCCGUCUGCGGAAACAGCGAGGACGGCCGGGAAGCAACGGGACAGUUCACAAGACGAGGACUCGAUGCCUCUUGGCUCAGAUCCCGACGACGAAGAAAUGCUCGUCAGCACUCUCUGGAAGGCCAAGGCGAGAGGUAUCUCGCCGCGUAAGGCUCUGGAGAAGUUGCAUCUUGUUUAUAAUCAUACGGCACUUGAGUGGAAGGAUUACUGCCUUGAGAAUCUCGAGCGACUGUUGCCAAAGAUAUAUCCCCCUGAACAUCACAGUCGGAAAGGUGUCGCGACAUCUACUGUAUCUCAUUCUCGUCUGCCAUCAUCUGCCGUACGGCCUGAACAUAGCUCCUCAAAAGCAAGCACGCCAUCGACCCCCCUUCCUCGAACUUCGAAUUCGAACGCAAACAAUCACGGGACGGCCAAAGGCAUGCCUGCCCGUGCCGCUCCAGUGGCAAAUGUUCAGAAAGCUACGGCUCACCCCUCCCAGGGCAAGAGCCAAUCAUCGCAGCCACUAGCACGUACUUCGGCCUCUGCUACCCAGUCGAAGCCGCCCCUUCGGUACAGGAGAGGCUCGCCUGCACAAGUGGACCACGCUGGAUUAUUGAUUCCGCCAUCGUCCGGGCUCUUAGCCCCGGUAGCGCCGCGUGCGAAGGCAGACGAGAAAAGUUCCAAGUUCACUGACGAGGACAAGAUCUUCUUCAUUCACUUCCUGCGCUGGCGCCUCCGUCAGCCCGGAGCGAUUCCAUCUAAGAAGGACUUGUAUAAGGAUCUCGCAAAACAGACUGCACACCACGACGCGGAGGCCUGGAAAAAGCACUGGUAUGAGCAUCCGGAGUGCCCGGACAGGGAGUAUAUCAAAGCGCGCAAACGCGCCGAACAGUCGCAGCUGAGGGCCUCCUCACCAAGCUCCGGACCAGGCUACGCACGCAUAGGGGGUUCCAGCGACGAGGACGACGAGACAUCGCAGGAGAGCGAUGGUGAAGACGCAGCCGACAACGCUUCCGUGGUGAGCUAUUGUAACCCGAACGAAGAAGUUGCAGCCGAGCCUGUCGGCACCGUCCCCAAUACGAGACACACUUCCCGGGGGCGUCCUGUUACCUUGGAGGAAAUCCGUGCCAUGGCGCAGUUCAAGGCAGAGCGACGCGAUGUUUGGGAGCAGUAUACCUCCAAGCAGGAGCCCUGGAAGGAAUUUGCGGAGAGACCAGAGAAUAAACAUCGCACCCUAAAUGCGUGGUAUUGCGUGACGAGAGACCGCGGCGCGAUGCUGGACAGGUACUACCGGCAGUACUUGGCUGAAGCAGAAAGCAGCAAGAACCAGACCACGCCGCCUCAGCAGGACACUGACGAAGGCUCUACGUCUCCGAAGGUCGAGGUGGGGUCUCGGAGUCCAGAGCGUUCCGCAAAGCGUGGUUACCAGACCGAACCCCUCCUCUCCUCGCCUCGUAAGCGUAUCAAGCACGACGACGAGCGCAGAGUGUCAGAGCUUUUGGACUCCUUGGACUGAGACUUGUUCGCAAUUGUUAUACUAUCUGUACUUCGGGUCACGCGCUGUAUCGGUUCGUUUCGUCUCUUUGAUGGGUCUCUUGCGAAGUUACUGGGGUUUAGGAGGUCGGCUCAGCACACCCACGUUCAAUGUCCCGUGUAU